UCUUUCCGGAAGUAAAACAAAACAAAACAGCUGGGGAAGCCUCUUCCAUUCGCCGCAGAAGCUGUUUUAAUAAAGCUCGACACCCUGUGGCGUGCUUUCCCUUCCACUCGGCGGGAUGUCGUUCGCCUCCUCUUUAGCCGCGCAGAUCGCCGCCAUCGUGGAUUCCUUAUCGAAAGCCGCCGUGGCCGAGAUCUCGCAGCUGGUGGAGGAGGGCAGCCUGGUGCUGCGCCUGGAGAUGUGUCGGAAGGACGCGGAGAUCCAGGAGCUCAGGAGAAGUUUGAAGCGGAUGGAGGUCGACCUCUGCAGCGCCCAGGAGGCGGCCGCGACCCGAGCCGCGGAGGACUUGCUGCGGGGAGGAGGUGAAAGGGAAGCCCAGAAAAGCUGCGCGGUGUACCUGGAGCCCGCUCACUGCCUGUCGCUGCCCGGACCCGGUACCGAGGAGCGCCGCGACACGAGGCCGCCGGUCAAACGCGAGCCGGCGGACGACGACGACGACCCCGCCCCGCAGGAAGCCACGGACGACCCCGCGUCAACGGACAUGUGCUUCGAAGCGGGCGACCCGGACGACCCCGUCUGGCCCCCUCCGGCCUGCGGCAUGUUUGAGACGAGCGCCCCGCCCCACCGGGCCGAGGGACACGCCGCUCGAGGGGACGCCGGCGGUUCCGGCGACGCGUCGCCGACCGCCGAGCAAGUGGCAGAUGACCCCCUGAGCGUGCCGAUCAAGGUGGAGGUGGAGUUUCGACCCAUGUGCAUGGUGAGCGAGGCUCGCGGCGGAGGGACGGGGCUCGCCGCCUCUCGCCCUGCGGACCGGUACUCGCCGUUUGCUCCGCCGCGGGCCGGCCCGUCGGCCGCCGAACCUCCCGCGCCGGGGUCAAACGCAGGCGACCGCGUCGUCAACGGCAACAACAACAACAACAACCCGAGGGCCAAAAGGCCGGCCAACGUGUGGAGGUCGAAUCUGAAGGUGUUCCCGCGCGUGUCCCAGCCCGAGGAGCACAGGGCCUCCCACCAGCUCUUCAAGCCCUUCCGGUGCCUCAAAUGCGGCAAGUCGUUCACCCAGAAGACCCGGCUGAAGACGCACCAGAGCGUGCACACGGGCGAGAGGCCGUUCAGCUGCAAGAUCUGCGGCAAGAUGUUCUCCAGGCAGGACAACUGCCUGAGGCACGAGCGGUUCCACAGCGGGCUGAAGCCCCACAGCUGCGGGCGGUGCGGGAAGAGCUUCACCGUGCUGGGCAACCUCAAAAUCCACCAAGAGAUCCACCUGCAGGGCAGAUAGCGACAUCAACCGCAGACUUUGGUCCAUGUGCUUUGGCUGUUUUUUUGAUACAGCGAAUUCAAACACAGAAAGAAGAACUGAAGGGAACUGAAGAGUUGGAAAUGGAGGCUCAUCGUAUCGGCCAAUAAAAUCGCCCCAAACGUGCUGUUAUUUGUAGUUUGUUGGGUCCAUUUCGGCCUUGGAUCCCCGUUAUUUAGUGGAUUUCUUGUAGCCGUUUUUGAGGUUGGCCUCUGAUCGGUUCACGGAUGCAGAGAUGCAGCGAGCUGCUUUCUUACGGCUUCGUGAAGCGGGAAUCUGGUGACGGCCUCCUUUCUCACAUUGGUACAUUUUUGAUGUUUCUUUGUCUUCAUGAAGACGCACCUUUCCAGACAGUUAUUUUCAACCUAAAAUCACUUUAGCUUCAUUCAACUAAUCAUGUGGUCAAUUAAAUAAUUUUGGGUGCAUCAGUGAUUAUUUAUGUGCGUCAUAGUUAGGGGAGUUUAGGUAUCUGUGACUGUGCAUCACUUCUUGUUUUAAUAUUUGCACUUAAUUUAAAUCUGUGUAGAGAUUUGUUUUGCUUGGAUUUAAAGUGUGUAAACGUUCCCAAUUUUAAUUUUUCUAUUGUUCUUAAAAGUUUGGUUCUCGUGUUUCCCCUGUUGCAUUUUUGAAUAAAUAUAUAUAUAUAGAUAUAAUGAUGUAAAAUGUAGUAAAAAUUCAUCUAUAUUGUUUGUUUUGUUUAUAAUUUGUUUCCCAUGUUUUUAAAUCUGAACUUCCUAUGAGAGUGAAUGUGGUUUAAAGAAGUAGUAUUUUGUUGUGAGAAAAGGCAAU